AUGGAGGACCCGCAGGUUGCAGCUGAGGCACCACAAGUUACGUUCAAAAAAAGAAAUCCAAAACUAAAGUCCACGAUUCGAAAGCGGGCCGCCACUCCUCCCCCGGACGAUGAAUCAGAUUCGGGAUUUUCCUCUUUCGAAGACGAGGAGGGGAGACAAGUCAAGCGAAGACGCAAGCAUAUCGGGGUCACUGCAUCAUCAAAGGCCGAUCAACCUCGCGAGAAGUCAACCGAAGAAAUCUCGGCCGCACCAGUGGUCGCUGCAACAAACAAGGAUGAUGCUACCAAAGCGUCGAAUUGGUACGACGAGGAUGGCGUCAAAAAGUCCGGAAACCCCUCCUCCAAGAAAACAGACAUAGAAACUGCGGACGGAACAUACAAAGGCGUGGCAAACUAUCAAACUUUCAUACAGAAGAAUCCCGACCGUGCUUCGAAACAGGUCGGACCCGUCAAAACUUCGAGCAAUGUGAGGACGAUUACUGUUACAGACUUUGCUCCUGAUGUCUGUAAGGAUUACAAGCAAACUGGAUUUUGUGGUUUCGGGGAUAACUGUAAAUUCCUUCACGCACGAGAGGACUACAAGCAGGGAUGGCAGCUAGAUCGGGAUUGGGAAAUCAGUACUAAAGGAAAGAAUCCUGGCGCGAAAACUGUGGCAUCUGCAAACAGGAGUGCUCAGCAAAAGGAGGAUGAAGACGACGAAAAGCUGCUUGAGAGCAUCCCAUUUGCCUGCAUUAUCUGCAAAAAACCAUAUACAGCCCCGAUUGUCACGAAAUGCGGCCACUACUUCUGUGAGGCAUGUGCUCUGAAACGAUACCGAAAAGACCCUUCGUGUGCCGCCUGUGGUUCAGGAACCGGAGGUGUCUUCAAUGUGGCCAAGAAGUUGAACCGGUUAUUAGAAAGGAAACGAGAACGGGAGAGGCAGAAGAAAGAGAAUGGCACUGAAGAAGAGGAGGGUUCGAAGGCUGCUUGA